AUGCAUUCAGCGCUCAAUCGCUUCCAAGGCGUGUUCGGCUUCUUCACCACUGUCGCCCUGGUGCUGGGGCUACUAACGUCGCUUUCUGUGGUGCUACACCCCGCUGAGCCGGUCACGAAUAUCGAGCUGUCAAAUAUCAAAGUUAUCAAAGGCCGCCCGCACUAUUACUCCGUAAAACGAGAAGAAUAUGCCCAGAUUAGAUUCAAUCUAGACGCCGACCUCUCAUCGCUUUUCAACUGGAACACCAAGCAACUUUUCGUCUACGUCCUGGCGUCUUACCCCUCCGCUACCUCUACGAGCAGCUCCUCGUCCUCCUCAUCUUCCUCUACCAAAAACCUCACGACCACCACCGAAUCCAUCAUCUGGGACACCAUCAUCCCCGCACGCGUUUCUCCAUACUCUUUCUCCUCGCUGAAAUCUCGUCUAUUGCCCUCCUCCUCCUCCGCCAGCGCUACUAAGAAGCGCCGUAAUUCGAAUAGCAGUAGCAAUAACACAAAGAAAGAUGAAAAGGUCCCUGGCAAAAUCAGGCUACGCAAUCAAAAGCCCAAGUAUCAGAUCACUGAUAUCUCAGGAGCUAUUGCUGAAAGGCAAAAUGCCACGCUAAUAGUGGGAUGGAACGUUCAGCCAUGGAUUGGUGCACUGCAGUGGAGUUCAGGGACAAAUAUUGAAACUAACCUUGGUGGAAUUUUCGGGAAAAUCUUCAUUCCACGUCCACGGGCGGGCAGAAGUAAACCCUUCGAUUUCCCUGAGUUAAAAGGCAAAGUAAAGGCAUCCCCUCAAGGGACUGGUUCCACGCCACCAAGGUUAUGCUACCCCAUGCCUAGUGAACUAGAGAAGAGCUCAAGAGUGUGGAGAAUGAUCGUUUGUGGCCCUGUAGAGCCCAGUAUCGAGGGCCUAUGCCGACGUUUCGAUAUCGUCACUAUGGCAGUCGAAUCAUCGAACCCGAUCCGUAUAGGUGGGAGUCAACUUUUAGGUCAAGGGAGCGGGCUUGAGUGCAAUAUCAAACUUUCAACAGCGUUCGAUACGGACAACAGGACAUCCGAUAAUAGGCAGCAUUAUUUUGACAUCCGUCUCCCGCAACAACUUAGGAACACCCGUUCUCAAACCGAAAUUCGAAUCUCUCUCUCUCUAAACAUUCGCCGCCGGCCGACUUUUAUUCUGCACUGGGGUAUUAGGGCGAUUUGCUCCAGCAGGAGGGGCUUGAGGGGGGGGAUGGGAGUGUUCCCUCGUGACAUCGCCGCCAUUCUGGAUGCGUCUCGAGAAUAUUCCCGGAGCCGGUUUGGUGACGAGACGGCCGGCAUGGCCUCUUGCUCGACGGUCAUAGUACACAUAUUCGCAGUAAAAAGCGUGGAUGUGACCGGGGAAAUAUCUGCAACGAGCUUCAGUAUCAGAAAAAUCAUAGCCUCUCCUGCGAAAAUGCAUGGCAUACCCGAGCAAGGUCAAUGUUAUAUUGAUCAGAAGAUCCGCUGA